UCAUAGAAUUCAGUCAGUUGUACCGGCGCCGGCGCUGUGAAGUGUUCAUCAUAAAAUCAAACAUGUUUUUAUUGUCAUUACCAGUAAUUCUGCUAGCGGGCGCAGUUUUUGCAGAAUUGGAGAAUGCUAAUCCGCCGCAUUGCACUAAUGUGACCAAAGGUACGGACUACGUGUAUCACUACCGUUUCGACUACCCCGUGGCGUACAUUCAUCCAGGCGUCAAAGAAGUUUAUCAACCUCUAUACUGCACUAAUCCGCCGGCAGUGGCCGUGGCUUCCACUAUAGUAUGUGACUGGGCUGCACCGCCUCAAGUACAGUUCACGCUAGGCGAUGAUUACAUGCACGUGGUGCGGCAGGACCCGACGGGCAAGUUCGCGGGCAACGCCGUGAUCUGGACCUACCAGCUGUGCAGCCACAACCAUCUGUUACCGGUUCCCUAUACCUCCCGCAAGCUCAACAUUACGAGGGCGUGAUUCUGGCUUCAAUAAAUAACGAAAAUAUAAUA